AAUUAGACGUUUUAGUACAGCGUUUCUCGGUAUAUAUACUGGCAUGUGAUUAAACUGAGCAUCAUAAGUCACUCGGCCUCUGUGGUUACAGUGUGCUACUACAGCUGAACAACCAUGAAGUAUCUCCUUGUAUUGUGCUGUGUGGUGGCAGCAGUGGUGUGCGAUGACAAAUACACCGACAAAUAUGACAACGUCAAUGUAGACGAAAUCCUGGCCAAUGAACGCCUGCUAAAGGGGUACGUCGACUGCGUCCUGGAGAGGGGCAAGUGCACCCCCGAGGGAAAGGAGCUUAAAGAACACCUUCGCGAUGCUAUUGAAACCGGCUGCAAGAAAUGUACCAAACCCCAGGAGGAAGGCGCGACUAAGGUGAUCGACUUCCUGAUCAAGAACAAGCUUGAAGUGUGGCGCGAGCUGGUCGCCAAGUUCGACCCUGAGGGCAAGUGGAGGAAGAAGUACGAGGACCGCGCACGCGCCAACGGCAUCGUCAUCCCCGAGUAAAUUUCGGCUGGUAUGAAGUAAUGGGAUUUGUGAUAUCAGUUUUGUAAUUUUUUUUAAUAAAUUUUAUUUUAUAUAUAUA